AUGAUGCAAAAGAAGAAUCAAUUUAAAAUAAUAAAACCUUUUUGUUUGAUACUUUUAUUAGUAACUAUUACGCAAAUACUAUACACUUUAGUAAAAGAAGCUUAUUUCGUAAAAAUGAAACACUUGUUAAGGUUAUUGAAGGAUAGUUCACUUGAAGAUAGCAAUCAAUUGUACGAUUCUAUCGCAAUAUUAGCAAACUAUGAUACUCCAUGGUUGACAAAUGAUGACAUGAUGUUUCUCACAACUUCACAAUUUAAUAAUAUAAGUCUGUACAAAUUAUUUAUACACAUCGAAAAUAUAAAAUCAGUUACAGACGAUGCAUUUUUCAAAGAAAUAGACACGCUCAUUCUAGAAAAUUUUGGUGAUAAUGAAUUACGUGAACUGAAGAUAACAUCGAUGACAAACUUACAUAUUGUAAAUACUUUGAUUAUAGCAUUGCUAACAAUACCGAUAAACACCUUUACAAUUAAUAUAAGCAAGACUAAAUUUUCACCUGAAAAGUGUUUAGAAAACAGUUUGCCCAUAAGCCCGCUAAAAAUGCUAUUAAAGAAUCCGGCACUUUUGGACGCUAAUGACGCAAUCCACAAAUCGUAUCGCUGUGAAAAAAAGAUCGACUCAAUCGAUAUUUACGUUGGACCACCUGUUCACUAUGAUGACUUCACGAAUUUAUUGUGCGUGUUAUUGAAAAUACCAAGCAACGACCUGUGGCUAUCAAGCCACAAAAACCAUGGUUACAAAACUCAAAUGAUUAUCGUCAAUAAUUUGAGAAUCAUCAACACUGAAUUGAAUGAUCCGAAAGUGAGUGAAAUCAUUGAAUCGUUGAUAAAACUGCAAGUUUUUAAAAUUCAGGAUAUUAAAACCACGGUCGAAAGUGCACUAAGUGCUUUGCAUCAUAAUCAAUUAUAUAACCAAAAUAAUUCUGAAAAUGCUGCAACAAGUAACGAAAAAUUUGAGAUGAGUAAUAUACCUGCUCAACUAAGGACACCAUUACAGCAUAUACUUUUGAUAAGUUACACAUUUAAAAGUGAAAAAGAGUUAUCAUUGAAUAAUCUGGACAGUGCAGUGCUGGCAGCAUUGAACCAUGAAUUGAUUGAUUUGAAGAUCGACAUAUCAUACAGCCCUUUGUCAUCGCUGUUGAACUCUUCAUUGCCUCCAGAUAUCGAAAUAUGCGAUAAUCUGGAUCGCGGGACAGUAAAGUCGAUAUUGGCGUCGUACAAUAACUUUCAAAAUAAUAUGCCAUUGAUUCAGUUAAGUACAAUAGCCUGUCCGUUGAUUUACAAGCAAUUUAUAGCAAUAUUCCCAUUUUACAACGGAAAUAUAAUAAAUAUCAUUAAGUGCAAUGAAGUCAGUGAGUUGAAUUGUGACGGAAGUUAUGACGUGGUGUCGUUAUGCCCUCAUCCGACUUACAAUCGGUCAUAUAUAUCAAAUACUGUUAUAAAAAAGUUAGAAUUGUUGAUAUCGUUCUGUGAAUUUGACGGUAAUUACAGUAAAUUUGAAAAUAUUAUCAACUUGAUACCUUUCGAUAUCGAUGAUAUGCCCUAUAUCAUGACCAUAAUGUUUUCAAUGACAAAUAUUGUUUACGUAACUGUUUGUGCAGCCGUUUACACGUAUCAUAUGAGCAUAUUCAAACAUUAUCAUGUUCAAAGUAUGUAUCGGUUGACAAGCAUUCUUGGUCCUGAUGCUUACAAAUUAGUUUUAAAUAACAAUAUAAACUUGCCGCCUAUCCAAGAACAAACCAGCCAAUUACAUUUGAUGUCUAUAAACGCACUGUUUCCAGCGCAAUUGCACUUGGCUAAUGUUCCACUAGAUGAAUUAGACAAUACGAUAAAAAAUGAUAAUAAUGUUAAUAAUGACAAAUUGAACAAACAUUUCAGUAAAACUUAUCCCGAGUACAUUGUAUGGUUGUACUUAUUGUCGCUGACUAAUGCUCAUAAAGAACGCGAUGAUGAUCUUAUCAAACGUGAAAAUUACUUACUGAUGAUGCUACGCAACACUGUUGAAAAUCUUAACGAGUUGCAUUAUAUUAAGCAUAAAUUGCAGCAUAAUGUAAGCGAACUUAACACUAAAUUUUCUGUCAGAACAAGUUAUCAAAUGAUUGACUUUAAUAAUAACGAUGUUGAUAUAGAAGAAACCCAUGGGACGGGUAACGAGAUUACAGAAGAAAUGACGGAUCGUGUUAAUCGUCAACCAGAACAACAUGAUGUUGGUAUUAUUUAUCGGUAUUUAAUUAAUAAUAAAUGUAACCUGCAAAAUGAUGUAUGGGGAUUAUUGUAUUUUAUGUUACGCACAAAGAAUGUUGAUGAUUUUAUUGAUUGUAUUAAAUGUUACGUUGACGAUUUGUAA